AUGGCUUCUCUCCCAAGCUACUCCGCCACUGGGAGGACGAGAUCAUCCGAUGGUGCCACAACUUCCAGCACCGACGCAGGAAUAUCACCCGAGGGCACGACAGCCCAAGCAGGCCUACCGGAGGAUGGAGAGACCGAGACCGUCAUCUUGAACAAAGACACGCCCACAUCGUCUGCGGAGACCAUACCGGACAUCGCCGACAAGACACUCAUCAGACACUCAAAUAAUGCCGAUAGCUCCAAUCACCAGGAAGAGCCUCGCAAAUGCUGGAUCUGCUACACAGACGAGACGGAGGACUCGCCACUAAACUUGGAGUGGCGAUCUCCCUGUCCUUGCGCGUUGACGGCCCACGAAGCAUGUCUACUCGACUGGCUUGCAGAUAUGGAGAAUCCUCGGUCUCGCAAGCGAAAUGGUCGCGGGGCAAAGAUGGUCUGCCCGCAAUGCAAAUCGGAGAUUGUCGUUACUCGCCCUCGAAGCUACAUCGUCGACACCCUGCGCCUUAUGGAGAGAAUUGCGGGGCGGCUGGUCCUUCCAGGCAUGGUCUUUACCGUUGCUGGUACUGUGUGGGCCGGAUGUUGUGCCCAUGGCAUAUACUCGAUGUAUCUUGUGUUCGGUACAGAUGAGGCGAAACAGAUUCUCGAGGAUAGCGUCGACGGCCCGUGGAAUCCUGGCAUGAACCUCGGCUUGCCUCUUAUCCCCCUCGUCUUGAUUUUCUCUCGGACUCGUUAUGCCGAAGGUCUUCUCCCGGCGAUCCCUGUCCUAUUCUUCGCUGCGCAUAGUCCUGGACAAGAGCCCGACUUUGACCUUUGGCCACCCACCCCGGCCAUGACAUUCGCUGCCCUACCGUAUGUCAAGAGCUUUUACGGCGCACUGUAUGACCGUCUAUUCGGUGGUCUGGAGAGAAAAUGGAUCGCAGAGGUUCAGCCUCGCGCAGCGGAGGAGAUCAUGGACGAAGUUCAGCAGCAGGACCAGGCGGAGGGGCUUAAUCGUUUCGGCGACAAUGUGAAUGGCCAAAUACUUAUGGAAAUUGAUCUUGAGUUGCAGGUAGGAAUGGACGAUGACGACGAGCCGCCCGAGGGUCAAGCUCUCCCUGCAGCAGAGAACCAAGAUGGCGCUGACCAAGGCGCCCAGGACGGCCAAGCACAGGGACAGAAUGCAGGCCACAACAACGGGCUAGGUCUCGGUCGUCGACAAAACGAGAUCAUCCACGAUACCGGUAAUAUUGCCGACACUGUUCUCGGAGCACUCGUCUUCCCCGCUAUCUCAGCGUCCAUGGGCGGGCUUCUCAAGUAUAUUUUACCAAAGUCUUGGACAACUCCGUCGUCAGUUCUUGAGCGAAGUCGCCCAGGGCUUCUACAGACUCGCUGGGGUCGUAGUGUGGUUGGUGGCUGUAUGUUUGUGCUGCUCAAAGAUGCCCUUGUCCUUUACUGCCGAUGGAAGCUCGCACAGACACACCGGCGCCGCAAGGUGCAGAAUUACGAUCGAUCCAAAAAGCACAACGGGAAGAAGAGAUAA